UGUAGUCACAAAUACAUCAUGUGAGAAAAAAGGAAAAUGUCAUUGAUAGAGCUUGAACUUCCUGGCUUCCGCUUUCAUCCCACUGAAGAAGAACUUAUCAACUUCUAUCUCAAAAGGAUUAUCAAUGACAACAAAAUUGAUUCCAAUCCAAUUGGUUUUCUCAACUUAUAUCUUUAUGAUCCUUGGGAGUUACCUGGUUUAUCAAGAAUAGGUGAAAGAGAGUGGUAUUUUUUUGUACCAAUAAACAGAAAACAUGGUUCUAGAGGAAGGCCCAACAGAACAACCAGAAAAGGUUUCUGGAAGGCGACUGGUUCUGAUCGACAAAUUCGUUCUUCAUUAGAACCGAAAAAAGUUGUUGGGCUUAAGAAGACUUUGGUUUUUUAUGGUGGAAGGGCACCUAAAGGCACCAGAACAGAUUGGGUCAUGAAUGAAUACAAACUUCCUCAUGGACACAAGGAUCAGGAAAUAGUACUUUGCAAAGUGUACAGAAAAGCAACCUCCUUUAAAGUAUUGGAGGAAAGGGCAAUGGUUGAAGAAAAUGCAGCAAAAACAUAUUUGACAUAUCCUCAUAAUCAGUCACACGACAUGCUUGGUUCAUUGGAAUCAUCAAAAAAUGACAUGGAUUUCAAUUGUUGUGAAGAAGAAAAUCAUGCCACAACAGUAAAGCUACCUCAAUUGUCAGGUUCAGAUGCAUUUGUGGAACCAUCCAAGUUUAGCAUUGACUCAUUAUCAAGUCCCCUUUGGUGUACAGGGCAAGACUUGUGGAGUCUAUUUUCUUUGUCCUGAAGUUAUUAGUUAAUUACUUACUCAUUUAAGCUAGAAUGACAUAUUUCAAUAUGGAAGUCGUUACAGGACUUUAGUAAUUGAAUGUUUGAUAUUGGAAUAAUUGACUUUGUGGAAAA